AUGCCUGCUAGUGACAUACUGGAUAAGACUACUGAAUGUAGAGACUUUGUGAACUUUAAAUCUGGGAACCAGUUUCAAGUUAAAAGUGAAGUUUACAAAUGUUCUUUUUGUUUUUAUGUCACCGAAAGAAACUAUGACAUUCAAGAACAUCUAUUACUUCAUAAGAAAUAUCCUCCUUUCAUUUGUGAUAUUUGCAAAAAAAGUUUUACUCAGAAAUGUAAUCUUAAAACUCACUUAAGACUUCAUUCUGAUGAACGACCUUACAUUUGUAAAAUAUGCAAGAAAGCAUUUAAACAAAAAAAGAAUUUAGAUGCACAUUUAGUGAUUCAUACAGACAUAUGCUUGUAUCGGUGCUCUGUUUGUGGCGAAAAGUUUAGACAGAAAAUUCAGGUGCAAAAUCAUCAUUUAAGACAUCAUACAGUCUAUUUCUGGCCUCAUUUUGCCUAUAUUAUUUUUUCCACUUUUUUUAGUGCAUUAAUUUUCAGCUAUUUAGUGAAGGCACAAAUCAAACUUAUCACCAGUGCUGCAGUUCAAGUGACACAAAGUUAUUUUGUUGGUGUGGAGUUUAUUAAUAAGAGAUGUGAUUAUGAAAGUGAAGUCUUCAGAUGUCCUUCUUGCUUUUAUGUUACUGAAAGAAACUGUGACCUUCAAGCACAUUUGCUAGUUCAUCAGAAAUAUUCUUACAUUUGUGACACUUGCAACAGGCCUUUUAUUAGAAGAGAUUAUCUUAAAUUACAUUUAAGAAUUCAUUCUGGAGAGAGACCUUAUAUUUGUGAAGUGUGUAAUAGAGGUUUCACUCAAAAAAGUGCUCUUAAUACUCAUUUGAGGAUUCAUACCAAUGAAUAUCCAUAUCAGUGCACUAUUUGUGGCAAAAAAUAUAGACACAAAAUUGGAUUGAAAAAGCAUCAUUGUGUAGAAUGGUAAAUAGAAAAUCAUGAUGUAUUAUGAUGAUUAUAUGAAAUAUCAUCAUUUAUUUUACGAAUCAAAGAUAAAAUAUAUAAAAUAUAUUUCAAUAUGGAGCUUUGAAUUAUUUUUAAGUUUAUUUUAUUUAUGUGGUAGUUUCUGCUUCAUAAAUUGAAUUUCUAAGUAAUUUUAAUAUUCUCUGGGAAGAGUAGAAUUUUGAUAUUUUUUUAUCCCUCUGUUAGAAAUUUUUUUAAGGCUCCUGUUAAAAUUCUUAAGUUUUCAAAAAAUAUAUUUAGAGUGUUUCAAAAGAGUGGACCAUAUAUUAUAUGCAUUCAAAAUUGAUAUUUUAUGUGAUAAAUUUGUCGUACAUUGUGGGAAAGAAGAAGGAGAUAGGUUGUUCUUUUAUCUGAAUAUUAUAGAAUGUAAGUGUUCUUCAUUGUGGAAUGUGAAGUGCAGAGGAUGACUACAUUAUGCUUUGCUUCCUAACCUCCAAAUUUUACUUCUUUGUGUCUUUGGAUUUGUUAGAUGCUGUGUUUUGUGGUACCUAAAACAAGAACUCGGUCAGUGAGUUAUUGAAAACAUGCAUUAUAAAUGCAUUGCACGGCAUGUAUGAAUAGGAAAUUAGCUAUUGCUGUAAUACAUGUUGACCUAACAGGUGCAUGCAUUAAAUGCCUGACAUUGCAAAUUAUCAUAUUUUCCUUAUCAGAGAUGUAUGGCAAUUUUUUUUCAGUAAUUAAAAAAAUAAUGAUAUUAUAAACAAAUAAGAUACAUUCUUCUUUUAGAAACAGUUUAAUUACUUUUUUAAUUAAGUUUCUCUGUGGGAAAAUUUGGGAGGGGGAAAUAUAAGAUUCGCAAUUGUAAUAUGUGUGUGGACAAUCUAAUUGUCAUUGCCAAACAUAUUUUCUUUCAUUGGCCUCCCGUUCUUUUUGUCUCACUGACCAGCAGCCAAAUUGUGAAAUUGUUGAACACUAGUAAUUUGACCCAGGCUCAGCUUAUGUGACCAAACUAUUUGUAUGAGAGUUUUUGUGUUUUCCUGUUGUGUAGUAAAAUACAAGCAAGUUUCUUAAAAGCCCUCCUUCAUCGAAACAGAUAGCCCUCAUGUGUUUAGCUGUAAACCAAAUAAUCUAAUUCAAUCCACUUAUAUUUUUCUUUUCUUUUCUUUCUUUUUUUGUAUAGCCUCUUAUGUCAUUUCAUGUACAAGUUUGUUGUUUUUGAUGUUAGCUUCAAUAAAUUCAAUUUUUAUGGUUGGCACUUAUUUUUCUAUGAACGUUGGUAAAAUAUAUUUACUUUUGCUUAUUAAUAUUUUGAAGAGAAAAGAUUUGAAGUAUUGUUCUAUUGUGUUUAAUUAUACAAUCUUCAUAUGAUGUCAUUUCAUGUAGAAGUUUGUUAUUUUUUAUGUUAGCUUCAAUAAAUUCAAUUUUUAUGGUUGGCACUUAUUUUUCUAUGAACAUUGGUAAAAUAUAUUUACUUUUGCUUAUUAAUAUUUUGAAGAGAAAAGAUUUGAAGUAUUGUUCUAUUGUGUUUAAUUAUACAAUCUUCUUUAUUUUGGAUUUAUUUUGCAGCUGUGGAAUUGAAUUGGUUUGAUAGUUUUGAUUUUUUUUAAAGUUUUUUUUAAAUAUUUAUGUAUAUAUUUUAAUGAAAUGAGGUAGUACAGUUUAUUUUCUCCUAAUAUUUGACCUAUUUAUGUUUUAUUUUAUCUGUGUCUUAAUAUUUUUUCCUGUGCCUAUAACUCAACUUUUAAAUUUUGUGUUUCUUGCAAUGUUAAGUAUUUUAUUUAAGGUAACUCUUUUAAGGGUAAAAAAAAAAAAAGUGUGGGGGUUGUGAUUUUAAUGGUUUCAUUAUACUAGAAUGUCUGUUAGUGUCAUUUUUAUAAUGAAGCAUGUUUGUUAUGUUAUAUAUAUAUAUAUAAAUUCAGAUUUUGAAUAAUUUUAGAUAAUUUUGAUCAGUUUAUGUAGUUAAGUUUAUACAGUUAAGUUUUUUUUGAGGGGGCAUGUCAUAAUUUGGAGAAGUUUGUUAGCUGCUCUUCUCUUUUCAUUAUCAUGUAAAAUUCUAAAACCCAUGUUUGUGUUUAUAAGACUGGUGAAUAAAUUCCAUUUUGGCAAUGAA